UUUUACAAAUGUAUAGGUAAUUUUAUUUGUGGUGGAGGACAUUAAGGUUCCCUGGGAUUGUGCAGGUCCAGGGAUUUAACAGAGGGAUCCUGGUUAGGAAACAGGACAACAUUAAGGCUCUUGGGAAAUAUAAUCAAACAGGAACAAGUGGAAACACCAAGGGCUGGCCAGAGGUUGGUCCUGGGGUCUCACUGCACCAGGAUCUGGCCCUCUGGAAUGCCUGGCGACUUCAUGGCAGCUCCUGGCCCUCCUCAGGGAGCGGUCUCACCACUCUGACGUGUGUUUAGGCCACGAGAUGAGACCUAGGACUGGGUUCUGGCUCUCUGCCCUGCAACUUUCCUGCCACUACCUGCGCCCGUAUCCCUGCCCACCAAUGGGGGGCGCUCCAGUCGGUGACAGCCAACUUUCGCUGCUGCCACCACAACCGCAGUGCCCAAUUACCUCUCCAGUCUGUUAGAAACCGGUUUCAGAUCCGCGGUGGAACGGCGGGCGGGAAAAAGCCCAAGCGCUGUCUCGGGUGCCCCUUCGGGUCAGCCAUCCUCUGGUCUCCGAGGCUCGGGGCUAACUGGGCGCGAACCGCUGAGCCCGCCUACCAAUCAGGCCCUUUCUCCCGCCCCUCUGCGGCUGAAACCCUCAAAGGGUUGCAGUUUCAGCUUUCACUUAGAGACAGCAACUCCAAAUUCAGGGUCGCUGGGGAAACUGAGGUAGGACUGGGGACUCUGGGUGAGAGGUCAGACAGUGGUCGCGGACUCUUUCUCCCGAGAAAUGGGGAUAGCUCUUCCGAUAGCCCAAAGCGACUCACGCAGAUCCUAGAAGAGAGCGCCGAGGUCCGGGGGGUUGGCCCGGGAAAGCGAAGCGCCGCCCACGCGGCUGGGAAACCUCAGGGUGGUGCUGGCCGGAGGUGGGGCCAGGGGCGGGUUCCGGGCGGAGGGUGGGGCAGACGUGGGUUACCGGGUGUGCCAGCCAAACCUUGCACAGAGGAGGUGGCGGUGGUGGCCCUCGCCUGUGGCCCCCGUGCUGCUUGCACUCGAACUCUUCGCCAUGGAGGAGCUCCAGGAGCCUCUGAGUGGACAGCGCCGGCUCUGUUUCACGCCAGCUCCCCGGACCAGCCUCUUACUGCUCAGGCUCAACGACGCUGCGCUGCGGGCGCUGCAAGAGUGUCAGCGGCAACAGGUACGGCCGGUGAUUGCUUUCCAAGGCCACCGAGGGUAUCUGAGGCUCCCAGGCCCUGGCUGGUCCUGCCUCUUCUCCUUCAUAGUGUCCCAGUGUUGCCAGGAGGGCGCUGGUGGUAGCUUAGACCUUGUGUGCCAACGCUUCGUCAGGUCUGGGUCUAACCACCUCCACUGCCUGGGCUCACUCAGGGAGCGCCUCAUUAUUUGGGCAGCCAUGGAUUCUAUCCCAGCCCCAUUAUCAGUUCAGGGACACAACCUGCCUGCAGAUGCCAGACAUCCUGAGAGUUGGCAGAACACAGGAAACUAUUCUGAAGGAGAUGUAGUAUCACAGCCACAGAUAGCACUAGAGGAGGUGUCAGUGUCAGAUCCACUGGCAAGCAACCAAGGACAGUCACUCCCAGGAUCCUCAAGGGAGCACAUGGCACAGUGGGAAGUGAGAAACCAGACCCAUCUUCCAAACAGAGAACCUGUUCAGGCGCUGCCUUCCUCUGCCAGCCGGAAACGUCUGGACAAGAAACGUUCAGUGCCUGUGGCCACUGUAGAACUAGAAGAAAAGAGGUUCAGAACUCUGCCUUUAGCGCCAAGCCCCCUACAAGGCCUGACCAAUCAGGAUUUACAAGAGGGAGAAGAUUGGGAGCAAGAAGAUAAGGAUGAAGACAUGGACCCCAGAUUAGAAUGCAGUUCCUCAGUUCAAGAAGAUUCUGAAUCCCCAAGCCCUGAAGAUGUGCCAGACUACCUCCUGCAAUACAGGGCCAUCCGCAGUGCAGAACAGCAACAUGCCUAUCAGCAGGACUUUGAGACAGAUUAUGCUGAAUACCGCAUCCUGCAUGCCCGUGUUGGGACUGCAAGCCAAAGGUUCAUAGAGCUGGGAGCAGAGAUUAAAAGAGUUCAGCGAGGAACUCCGGAAUACAAGGUGCUGGAAGACAAGAUAGUCCAGGAAUAUAAAAAGUUCAGGAAGCGGUACCCAGGUUACAGAGAAGAAAAGCGUCGCUGUGAGUACCUUCACCAGAAAUUGUCCCACAUUAAAGGUCUCAUCCUGGAGUUUGAGGAAAAGAACAGGGGCAGCUGAAGUUAUCAAGGGAAUUCUUGAGCCUCUGCUUAGUGAAACACGAAGGAACAAAGCAGCUGUAAACUAAAUAGAAUGCAACUAUCUGCUUUUCUUAUGCUGACCACUGGAGUCCGCGGUGGCAAGUAGAGAGUUGCUCUAGCUUCCUGAGGUUUGGUUUUCAUUGUUAAUUUUUGGGGUGUGGGCACUGUGCAAAGACUCCAUAGCUAUGCCUAGGAGUUUAGGAAAAGUGACAGAGGCUUGGCUUUUUUACCUUUAGUUCAGCCAAGUCAUUUUCAAGUCCUGAGAAAUGACAUUAUCUUCAGGAUAAGAUGAUGAAGACAUUAGACAAACCAAACUAAGUGAAUUUAGUCUACUAGCCUCCCUAAGGAAACAGUAAUAAUAACUUUUGGUAAGAGCUAAAAUAACUUGUAGCAUACCUAGAUAUAAUGGGAAAGGGCCUGGGUGUUACCCAUGUACUGAAAAUGAACUUUUUUACCAACAUGGCUAAAAAAUUAAAACUGACUGCUUCUGUA